AUGGAUUCUUCAGCCACGCGGCUAGAUCCGCAGCUUAUUGGACAGCUCAAUGAUCACUCCAGAUGUGUAACGCUUGCAGACUUGCCGAAAGAACUACUGGAUAAGAUUUUAGGCUACGUUGAAUCAUUUGACUAUAUCCCUUUUCUGUUGAGUUGCAAGACCGUCUACCAUAAAUGUCAUUUGACUUUAUUUCGUCUCAAGCCAGUUAGAUUGCAAUACACCGGCAGCAGUUAUAACUUCCGAUACAAUAGGAAUCUUCAGACAACAUGGAAUUUAUUGCAGCACAUGUCAAAUAACCCAGAAAUCUACGCCCAAGUGAAGGUAUUUCAGCUAAAAAACAGUGUUUCAGUGAAGGAGUCUGUGAAGCCUCCAGUGAAGUCAAGAAACGGUCACAGUCGUGGCAAACGCUUUAGCCUAAAGGUAGACUACAGCAAGAUCCCCAGCUCCUUGAUUUCGGUGCUACCAAAUUUUGUAAAUUUGAGAUAUAUAAAAGUGGACAUUGAAAACUUCACAUUUUUGAGAGAUCUUCUGGAAGCUCUUCCAAUCACGCUGAAGGGCCUCAACAUCAAUAUCAAUGUCGCAAAUCCCAGAUUUAAUGCCAAGGAGACACAGAUGCCUGAUAUAAAAUGCAGGGGUCUAAAGACUCUGGCGUUUCAUUCUACCAGCAAGGAGCCAAUGAUUUACGGCAAACUGAAAAGCAGGCACGUGAUGAAAGUACCCAGCAGGUACCUCAUGGAAGAAAGCACGUUUUCAGAUUUGAUUCGGGAAAAAUUCGAGCACGAUGAUCGAAGUAUUAAGAAACAACCAAACCUCAAGUAUUGUGGCGAAAUGAUGGCCCUAUUGAUCCAACAGAAUGUGUCCACUUUCUACUCAAUUGAUAUCCGGGGAAUUGAUGCUACGGUAAUUUUCUUGAAUCGAUUCGUGGACUGUCAGAUGAAGAAUUUGCGCGUCAUCAAGCUGUGCAACCUCUCAAUCCCAAGACUUCGGUGGUGGCUCCCUACUUUGGAGCAAAGCAAUUUGAACAAGCGACAAUUCAUGCCAAGCAAUUCGGAGCUCUCCCUGCCUCCUAUAGUGGUUGUAUUUUCCAAGCUAUUCACUAGUCCACCUCAGAACAGGGAUGUACAAUGCCGAGCAAGGUUUUUCGGUGAUCCCGAGGAUCGGUGGUUUAGCAUGGGCGGCGAGGCUACUGAAUUCUGGGAAGAGAUUCACUAUCAAUAA